UAGACCCCAACAACAACAACUGAAGAAAAAAAGAAAAGACUUUGUUUUUCUGUGUGCUUCUUUUUCCCUACUCACACUCCCACACUAAUUUUUUUUAAAAAAGUCUCAUUGAUUUUAGUGUGUUUUCCUAAAAAUCUCUGUGUUUUUUCUCGUUCUGCAGCAAACAAUGAACAAUCAAAACCACCCAAAAACUCAAGGACAUGAUAGCCAUGGAGUUCAUGUGUGUAGCAAAUGUGGUUGGUCGUUUCCGAAUCCACAUCCAAGUGCAAAACAGAGGCGUUCUCAUAGGAAGAUCUGUGGUUCCAUUGAUGGGUUUAAGCUCCCGGUUCACUCAGAUAAUUCUACCCAUUCGGCUAUUUCGGACGAUGAGCAUCAAUCUGAUGAAGAUCACAAAACCCCCAGCCCUAGAGUUUUGAUGAGAAGUAGUAGUGAAAUGGGCAGUGGUGCAAGAGGGGAUAGAUCAGGUAGAUCGGAAGACGAAGUAUUUACGGAUGCGGUUGCGGAGUUUACAGAUAGUGGAUCUGGAAAGGGUCCUGAAGAGUCUUCGGGUGAUGUUAAGAAACGGGAGACAUAUGCAGAUACCGUUGCUGAAAAAGAUUUCAGGACCUAUUUUUCAUUUGAGGAUGCUGCAUUUUCCGAUACGGUUACACCUUCAAGCAAUUCAGCUCACAGCAGUCAUAUGCAAAAUACAGAAGUUCAAGCAAUGUCUGGAAGCACACAAGAUUCUAAAACUCCUGUUCUAAAUACAGCCAUUGACUUCAUGGAAAGAUCAUCGAGUGAUAUUAAGACUGGAGAAUCUGUGUAUGAGUCUUGUGAUGAUAGAGGACAUUCUUCAUUUGACUUAAACCCCAUCCAUCUUGAAUUGCAGGCAGAUGAAUUACCAAAUAAGAUCGAGAAAACUGGUAGUAAUGAUGCACCGGAGACUGAUGCAAAAGGAAAUGAGAAAACAGAAAAUAAAAAGAUCGAGACGGACACAAAAGUGAUUGAAGAAAGAAAUUUGGACAGUGAUGUAGGUGAAGCCACUGAGACAAUCUCCGAGUUAGGGAAACCAGACGAUAAAGAUUCAGAUUCUGAACCAGAUGCUGGAGCUGUUCAGUCGAAGGAAAAUGUCCUCUCUUAUGAACUACAUUCUGGUGAACUUUCGAAUUCUUCUAUACAUGCUUCUCAAAUCAAAGUGGAUGCUGUUGAAGGAGUGGCCUCUGGUGGUUCUGUCGAUUUGGGUGAGCCUAGCAAUGGAGAGGAAAUUAAAAGUGAAAACUUCCGUGUGUUUUCAGUUCCUGAUGAUAUACCUGUAGUGGAAAACGCCGAGGCCAUGAUUGUAGGUUUUAAAGAUCUUAGAGGAGGGAGAUUACCCCAAUUAGUUAAUGUAGACUCACUUGAUUUGGGUAAUGAAGUCGAGCAGUCUGUCGUCAAGGAUAAUGUUUCUACUUUCGAUUCAAACCAAAUAGAAGGAAUAGAUGCCUCUGUUUCUGAUAUGCAUGUUAUGGAAGGCAACUUUGAACAUAUGGAUAAGAACGAGGAGCAUAUUGUUGAAAAAGUUCCUGAUGAAACAGAUAUUGAAACUCGUCAGGACAAUGUUACCAUUAAUGAAAACCAAAAGACAGAAACAUGUGCUCCUGGAAUUGAGGUUGAGAAAAUCACUCUUCAAUAUCCUGAAGAAGAGCUACCUGAUGGUAAAAGUUCAUCACAGGAAAAGUCUUUAGAACAUUCUAAAGAGUUCUUAGUUGAUAUGGAUCCUGUGGCUGCUACAAUGGUUGAAGUCAGGCAGAUAACCAAUAUAAAUAGUGUGGGCGAUGCAGCAGUAGGUGACGAUGCAAAAAGCAGAGCCGGAAAAUGUGAUAUAGUUGAAAAUGAUAGGGUUAAAAUAGUUGAGGACGAGAGAUAUCCAGAAAAUGUAAUGGCAACUUCAGAAGAGGGUAAAGUUGAAAGCUAUAAUGCAUCUGAAACUGAAACCGAGGAAGUUAAUUCCACAUCAGGAUCAAUGGUGGGAAAUUUAGUGAAGACAACGCCUGAACCUGUUAAAAAUCUGCAAGAAGAUGAUGUUAUACCAGAGAUUAUAUCAGGGAGAAAUUUAUCGGAAUCUGAAUGUAUACAAUUGAGUGGGGCUUCAGAUAAGCAGGAGGGUUUAAAGGAACUUGAAACCAAUAACAAUAAAACGGCUCAGAUGGAGGGUGCUUCCAGCAUUAAUGCAGCUGCCGAGUGUGGUAACAAUGGAAACAAUGAUGAAUUUCUGAAGUCUUCAGAUAGUGUUGGAGUUAUUGAGGUAUUAUACAAGUCUUCAGAUAAAAUUGAUGAUGUUGAGAUAUUACAGAACGAAACGGCUCAGGUGGAGGGUGCUGGCAGCGUUAAUGCAGCUGCCGAGUCUGGUAACAAUGGAGACAAUGAUGAAUUACUGAAGUCUACAGAUAAAGUUGGAGUUGUUGAGGUAUUGCAACACAAGACGUCAGAUAAAAUUGAUGAUGUUGAGAUAUUACAGAAAUCUUCAGAAGAACAUGCAAAAGAAGAGCCUCAACAUUCUUCUGCAGAUGCAACCUCUUCCAUUCAAAAUUGUCCGCAUGUUGGAGAUAAUCAUGCCAGCGGGAUUGCAUCUGAAAAUCAAUCUCAAUUGUUCCCCGAGGAUGGUGAAAAUACAACUGUUACACAACAGCUUGGUUUAUCUACAACUGAUCUAUCUGUCGAUUCCAGUAGCCAAACUGAUAGCUUGGAAGGCCACUGGGGUUCCGUAUCAGUUCUUUCUACUCAAUCAGACAUGCCAGCAAUUGUCGAUGCCGAACUUUUAGCAACAAAUGGAUUGAAAGCAUCAGCAGCAGAAGCAGAGAUUACCGACUCAAAGAAACAGCAAGCUUUUCCAGAAGGACAGCAACAGUCUGACAAGUCAGAUAUGGUUGAGGCCCCAUCAUUCAUGACAUUAGUCGAACCAAGAGAUGGAGACAAAGCUGCUGCUUCAGAAAUCCAAACAGUACAGGCGAAAGCUGUGGCUUCGCAAGCCGGUUGGUUUCCGUCUCUUACUCACGUUGUGAAUGAAUCGCAAGGAAGGAAGAAGAACGAAGAAAUAAUCGCUAAAGUCACGAACUGGAGCACAGGGAAGCAACACACUCCCUUGAAGAACCUUUUAGGUGAGGCUGCAGUGGCCAAAGCUGAAACCAAAUUCAAGCUACAAAACGCCAUAGAAGAUCCAGCACCGGUUGUUCAGAAAGAUGAAACCAAGGUAAAAGAUGGUAGCGCCUCGCCUGCAAUAUCGGCAAAUUCACCUGUGAGUGCAAAAACGACCGUCGCAGAAUCCAUUAAGAAAGAUGCAGGCAGAGAAUGGAAUUCUCCGGCUCGGUAUCCGGCGGAUAUCAAAAGAGAGAAAAAGAAAGUGAAAGGAAAACCAUAUUGGGCACAGUUUGUAUGUUGCUCUUCUGUAAAGUAGGAUAUUGAAAGUUAAAAAGACAAUGUAGAGAGUUAUUGAAUUUUAUAGAGAAGAUUGUGCCUUUUGUGUUCAA